AUGCCCAUCUCCUUCGAUCAGUGGCAGCAUGCCGCCGUCUCGUCCAUCUUCAACGUCACGCUCGACGCACAGCAGGCGCAAGAAAGCGGCUACGAAAAGACGUACCUCAACGAUCUCGCCAACGAGCUCUCUGCCGAAUCGGGGUCCGGCGCACCGCCACAGCUGACGGCAGCCAUCGCAGACCAGAUCCUCAUAGCACGCCUCUCGCUCGAUCCAAAUGCGGAUGUGAUGAGCGACGAUGCACAGCACAUCACCGUCCUCGCCAGUCUGCCCAAGGGACAGACUUCGUGGGACUAUCUGGCAGCUUGCUGGAAAAAGGCGAGGGCAGAGGAGGGCCGCGUGCGCAAGGCGCUGCCCGUAGCUGAGCAGCAAAAGGCGCUGGGCGUGCUCGAAGAGAUUCGCGGCCUUCUGGUCUCGUAUGCCGGCCUGGUGCUGCAGACACCAGACAUGUUCCCCAAUGCAGCAAAGCCCAACGGCACGCCCCUCUCGCCUCUCGUGCUUGUCGACAGCCUCACGCGUGUCUCGUCGUCCAUGUCCACCUUUGGCUUCUCCAGCUCGGACGCCUCGGCGCAUUCAACCACCGACCUCACCACCAGCUUCGAGACCAUCGACGCAGACGACCUGCCCGUCUUCCUCAGCGAACUCGCCGCUAGGUUCGGCAACGGAGAGGGGCUCGAUGACAUUCUCGGGCCAGCUUUCGCUGAGCUUACGAGGAGGAUCCGCGACGGAGAUCGAGGCGCCGAUCCUGUUCCGCCAGCUUCGUCCUCCACCGCCUCGCAAGCGCAGACUGCGUCCACACAAGCAGGUGGCGUCAACCCAGCUGCGCUCAACCAGGCGUUCGCGAGUCAGGACGUCCAGUCGGUCAUCGCCCAGCUCCUCGCCGGUCGCAUUCCCGGCGCACAGCAGGGCGCGAAUCCACUCGCACCCAACGCCAAGCCCACUGAGGGCCUCACCAUCGUAGGACUGGAGUGGAGGCCCUACGUCAACGCCAUCGUCGAGGCUGUGGAGAUCAAGUCCAUCGCCAAUAUGCUCGCGCACCUGCCCAGCUUCGAUCCGGCAAACACGACGGCGUCGCGCAUCGAGCUCGACUCGCUCUUUGGUCCCAUCCUCCGCCUCUCGUCGUUCCCGGACGCCUAUCCAAGCAUCACGCAGCACUACUUUGCCAACGCCGCUACGCAGAACCAGCAAGAGGCGGACUCCAAUUUCCGCAGCAUCCAGAGCACCAUGGAGAUCGUGCACUCGCUCAACUUUCGCAUCUUUAACGCGCUCGUCCGCGCCAGUCCGCAGGCGCGCGAGCGCGUGCUGGCGUACUGGGGUCGCGCGUGUGCGCUCAACGCCAAGCGCGGAGCCAUGCAGGUGCGCCAGGAGCUCGUGGCCACCGACGGCUACAUGGUCAACCUGUACGAGAUGCUGCUCCGCUUCGCCGAGCCCUUCAUGGACGCCGGGCUGACCAAGAUUGACCGCAUCGACCUCGAGUAUCUGCGCACGCAGACGCGCUUCGAUAUUGCCGAUCUCACGCGCAUCAACGCCACCGAGGCCGAGGCCAAGGAGUGGGCUCAAAAGGCACAAGCGGGCGCUGCGCCGGCCAACUUCAUCACCGAGGUGUUCUACAUCGCUUUGCGGCUCAACAACCUCGGGCUGGGCAAGGCGGUGCGCCGCAUCGACGACAAGGAGAAGGAGAUGGGCCGCUUCAAGAAGCGCAUCGCCGAGACCGAGGCGGACCGGCCCAUGUGGUCGGCGCUGCCGCAGGCGCCGCAGUACGAGACAUUCCUCAAGCGCGCCAAAGCCGAGGUGGACAAGCUGCACGGCGAGAUCUAUGCGGCACAGGCACAGCUCGCGGCGCCCGAGUUUGUGCAGCGCAACAUCACGUUCAACUGCUUCGUCAUGACGUGGCUGAUCCGUGUGGCCGAGCCGAACGCCAAGCAUCCGCAUCCGCAGGCGGCACUGCCGCUGCCGCAAGAGGUGCCCGAGCGCUUCCGCAUGCUGCCGGAGCACAUCUUUGAGGAUGUGUGCGACGUGAUGCUAUUCGUCUCGCGCAUCAGUGCGCCACUUACGGAGCAGGCCAAGAGCGAUCUGGUGACGUUCUGCACCACUUUCCUCAGCUCUGGCUGGUACAUCAAAAACCCUUUCCUCAAGGCCAAGCUCGCCGAGAUCUUGUUCUAUAAUGUGAUCCCCUGGGGUCGACACACGCAGGGCGUGCUGGCGGAUACGCUCAACAUCCACGGCCUUGCGCUGCAGCAUCUGGUGCCUGCGCUGAUGAACUUUUGGAUCGAGGCCGAGAAUACGGGCAGCAACUCGCAGUUCUACGAAAAGUUCAACAUGCGCUACCAUCUGUCGCAGAUCUUCAAGGCGGUGUGGAGCAAUGCGCAGCACAAGCAGCAGAUCCAGCGCCAGGCUCAGGCGGGCAGUUCGGAUUUCGUCGUGUUCAUCAACCGACUCAUGAACGACGUCACCUACCUGCUGGACGAUGCGCUGGACAAGCUGCAGGAGCUGCAUACCAAGCAGAGCGAGCAGGGCGAGGACGGCGCCGCCGCCGCCGGCAGCAGCACGACACAGGAGCGCCAGGAGCGUGAGGGACACAUCCGACAGCUGGAACAGACGAUCAAGUCGGAUCUGCAGCUGGGCACCGAAUUUCUGCGGCUGCUGAUCGACUUUGCUGCCGAGACGGCGGAUGCCUUUAUGACGCCCGAGAUCGUCGAUCGUCUUGCGGCGAUGCUGGACUACAACUUGGACCUCAUGGCGGGACCCAAGUGCCAGAACCUCAAGGUGCAGCAGCCCAAGAAGGUUGGAUUUGAGCCGCGCAAUCUGCUGCGCAUGAUCAUGUCGGUGUACCUCAACCUGUGCACCAAGCGCGAGUUUGUGGCAGCGAUCGCACGCGAUGGACGCAGCUACUCGCGGCCGGUAUUCGAGAAGGCGGGCGCGAUCGCGGAGCGCUACAUGCUCAAGAGUCCGCCCGAGCUCGAGGCGUGGGCGGGCAUGAUUGCGCAGGUGGAGGAGAGGCGGCAGAUGGAGCAGGACGACGAGGAGGAGCUGGGCGAAGUGCCGGACGAGUUCCUCGACCCGCUCAUGGCGACGGUGAUGAAGGAUCCCGUGCUGCUGCCGCGCUCCAAGACGGUCGUGGACCGAUCGACCAUCAAGGCGCAUCUGCUGAGCGAUGCCACGGAUCCCUUCAACCGUUCGCCGCUCAAGAUCGAAGACGUCGUGCCGGAUACCGAGCUCAAGGCGCGCAUCGAGGCGUUUAUCGCCGAGCGCCGCGGUGCCAGGUCGUAA